CUUUGCCUGUGUGUGGUGCACACAUGCGUACCAUAUAGAUACUAUACGCUACAGUACGCUAUUCGUGCACAACCUUUAUUAUAGCUCUCACGCUUUUGGUGGAAUACCACGAGUACAAGUAUAACGACGUUGGAUUUUUGCUUCAAUAUAUUUUACUUCAAAUACAGAAACAAUGCAGGGUCCCGCAGUUUUUAUGGAUGGUACCACUGAAGAUCAGGCUCAAGAAUUAAGAAUCUACUUCAAAAGUCUUGGUGCAGAAAUUAGUGAAGAAAAAUCACCCAAAGGAAUAGAAGAUGAUUUACACAAAAUUAUUGGCGUCUGCGAUGCUUGCUUCAAAGAAGGAAAUGAAGCUGAAAUUGAAACAAUUUUAAAUGAUAUUGUCUCAAUUAUGAUUCUGGUACCAACUGAGCGGGCAGAAAAUAUAGUAUUGGCUUUUUGUGAGAAACUAACAAAAGCUCCUGGCUAUAAACUUGGACUUGUUUGUUUGAAAGCGCUGUGGCUCCUUUUCCAAUCACUGCCAGAAGAUUCAUCAAUGAGAUAUCAUGUCUACUAUCAUUUAGUCCAAAUAGCAAGAAACGUAGACCAAGUCAAAGCAGUUUAUAACGGAGUUGAUCAAUUGAAACAGCAAUUUGUAACAUGCCCUCCAGCAAAUGAUCAGAUGCAGAAGCUUCUACGUUUACUGCACGAGGUUUUAUUAAGUUGCAAACAAGGUGAACAGGCAGCAGCAGUUAUGGUGGAACUUUUGGGUACAUAUACAGCUGAAAAUGCAUCUGCUGCAAGGGAAGAUGCUCAACGCUGUAUUUUAUCAGCUCUUGCAGAUCCAAAUACAUUUCUGCUGGAUCCACUGUUGGCUUUAAAACCUGUACAAUUCUUGGAAGGGGAAGUCAUUCAUGAUUUACUUCUUAUUUUUGUUCAGGAGAAACUUCCAGCUUAUUUGAAAUUUCACAAAGAUCACAAGGAGUUUGUGGAAAGUCAUUUAGGUUUGAAUCAUGAACAAAAUAUGAAAAAAAUGAGACUGCUGACAUUCAUGCAACUUGCUGAAACGAACCCAGAAAUGUCCUUCCAAACUAUUCAGGAUGAACUUCAGAUUCCUGAAGAUCAAGUUGAAAGUUUUAUCAUUGAUGUUCUCAAGACGAAACUCGUGCGAGCACGCAUGGAUCAAGCAGGUCGAAAAGUUCUCGUUUCGAGUACGAUGCAUCGAACUUUUGGCAGACCACAAUGGUUGCAGUUACGCGACCUCCUAGCAGCAUGGAAAGCUAAUCUGGGAAAUGUCCAAGAUGGCAUGAAAAGUGUGGCUGCAGCGCAAAUAGAGCUUGCUGCUAAAAUGAAAGCGCCUGUAGUUCACUGACACAUAAGAAAAUUCCACUGAGUUAUUUUGAUUUAGGUAAAUUAUAUUUUACAAGGGAAUUUAUGAAAAUGGAGGUUUUCUCUUUAUAAUAUUAGGAUUAUUAUCAAUAUUCUCACUGAAUACAUACAUUUACUUACAUUACUUUCAAUUUUACAUUUUUCUAUUGGGAAUAAAAAGAACUUUUGUAUUUUCUACAUUAUUCACACAAUAAUAUUAAAAAGAAAUAAUAUUGACUGUCACAAUGUUAAUAAAAGUAUUUCCAAUAAUUGGUC